GGACAGUCGGCAUACAGAGGGAGCACCACACACACACUCACACACACAUACACUCACUCACACACAUACAUACACUCACACAGUCAUGGAGCUGCUCUGCAUGGAGGCUGCCCCGAGAAUCCAGCGAGCCUUCCCCGACCCUACCCUCCUCUCCGACCACAGAGUCCUGCAGAACCUCCUGCUCACGGAAGACAGAUACAUUCCUAGGAUCUCUUAUUUCAAGUGCGUGCAAAAAGAAAUCGAGCCUUACAUGAGAAAAAUGGUAUCAUUUUGGAUGCUGGAGGUGUGUGAAGAGCAAAAAUGCGAAGAAGAAGUCUUUCUGUUGGCUGUGAAUUAUCUCGAUAGAUUUUUAUCUUCGGUUCCCACUCGAAAAUGUCAUCUCCAGCUGCUUGGGGCAGUCUGUAUGUUCUUAGCAUCAAAACUGAAAGAGACCAUUCCGUUGACAGCCGACAAACUUUGCAUUUACACAGACAAUUCAGUUUCGCCCGAGGAUCUGCUGGACUGGGAGAUAGUUGUCCUUGGCAAACUGAAGUGGGACCUGUCUGUGACAACUCCGAACGAUUUCAUUGAACACAUCCUGGGGAAGUUGUCCUUUCUGACAGACAGCCUGGAACUUAUCAAGAAACACAGUCAAACUUUCAUCGCCAUGUGUGCCACAGAUUUCAACUUCGCCAUGUACCCACCCUCGAUGAUCGCAACCGGGAGCAUUGCUGCGGCCAUCCGUGGUCUGGGCAUCACCUGCAGCGAUCACACUGAGGACUCUCUGACCGAACUCCUCGCCAAGAUCACCUGCACCGAGCUGGACUGCCUGAAGGCUUGCCAGGAACAGAUCGAAGCUGCUCUAACAGAGAGUUUAAAACAGUCCCAGCAGCAGCAGAACCAAGCCAUGUCAAAGACUGUACACGACCCAGACCUCACGAGCACGCCCACAGACGUGCGAGACGUCAACCUGUGAUCCAUCGUCCGUCCGUCCGACCGACCGACUGCCGCGUGUGUGUGUGUGUGUGUUUGCGUGCGCGCGUGGGGCAGCGGCCUGACUCAGCUGGUCACUCCUCCUCCAUUGCCAGCCGACAAUUCCCUUCAUAUUUCUUUUGGGGUCCACGAGGGGUGGAAACGCUGGCCGCGCGGGACCCCAAACGGAAACAGAAGUCGACAACCGAUUGUGGAGACAGGCCGUAUUCAUCCGUGGACUGUGAACCCUCGUGAGUGUGCGUGUGUGUUUGCGCCCGCGCGAGAGAGAGAUUGAUGCAGGAGGAAGCUAGCACGUUGCCACUCUGCUGCCCACACGCGUGUAGUUGGCAUGUUGGGAUAAUCCGUCUUCACGAGUCACCCCCCCCCCCCCCCCCCCCCCCCCCCCCCCCCCCCCCCCCCCCCCCCCCCCCCCAAACUAUGUGGCUGUUCGCCAGCUCUCCUCUUCCUUGUCCAAUACUGAUUUGGUUUGAUAAUGUCUGGCACCUCGGCUGCACGGAAAGUCAAAGAGCUGCACAAAGAUUGUCUCCUCAAACCAAUUGUCUUGUAAUUUAAAAAGAAAACCUAUUUUAAGGAUAUAAGCCUUGCACAAAAAAACCACAAAUAGGAACAAAGAAAUCCUGUCCCAUAGACUUGAUGUCCCCUGACUGGUUUAAAUCAGGGCUCGUAGUUUGCUAAAUGGAGCCACUCUGAUGAAUGGGACAUUUUAAUACAAUUUCUUUUAAAUGACAAAGUGCUGGAGUAACUCAGCAGGUCAGGCAGUGUCUCGGGAGAACGUGGAUAGAGGUGGCGUUUCAAAGUCGGGAGCACCUCCAGUGUUUAAAUUCCAUUUGGAAUAUUUUUGGAGGACCGCUUUCUCCAGAGAUGUUGCCUGGCAGGGGGUUGUGUUACUCCAGCACUUUGUGUCUUUUUUUCUUUCUGUGGCGGUAACUCAGCAUCUGCAGUUCCUUGUUUCUCCAUGUUCUCAGUUAAGAUGUCCCAAGUAACAGACUGCAACUAUUUUGCACGCUGAUGUACAAGAAUAUAUCUAUGUAAUAUACAGAUUAGUUUGUCGGUUUGUUUUUGCACAGUCAUCUACAAGGUUCUGAUUGUACAUAAUAUUUAAGGGCGUGAAAACAAAACGGCAACUGUAGCAAACAAGUUACUGACAAUAAGAUUGAGGCUCGAAGCUUAUGGAUUGCCACAUCCCCUGUUAAAUGUUCAUACAUAUCAUACUGCGUUCUCAAAUGUUAGAAUAUGUACUAUUCUACAUUUCAUCGAUCGUCCUCCCCUUUGAUCUGUAAUUUUCACACCUUACCCUUCCAUCUCUCUGUGUCUCCCUCCCCCCUCACUCCCUGGGAGUCUGAAGAAGGGUCUCGACCCGAAACGUCAACCAUUCCUUCUCUCCAGUGAUGCUCCCUGUCCUGUCCCGCUGAGUUACUCCAGCGUUUCUGUGUCUACCUUCGGUUUAAACCAGCAUCUGCAGUUCCUUCCUACACGUUCGAAUAAAAUGUCACCUGCUUUAAGCUG